GAACCUUCAGAAGCAAACACAUCAGCCUCUCGGAUGAUCACAAUGAUAUCAAGCCACAAACACUCAGCCUGAGGUGAUCUUAGAAGCUAAUGUUCAACCUGAAUCUGAAGCCAGGGAACCUCAAGUAGAAAGAAUAUGAAUUUUAUGCUGAAACUGAGUCAACCAGAGCUGAAGCCAAUGAAUCUCAAGUAGAAAGUGAUAAGAAUUUAUAUGCUGAGCUUGUGUCUACUAGAGCUGAAAACAUUCAUCAGAGCUCUGAAUUGGAUGCUGCAAUGGGUCAUGAUCAUCCACAGAUUUCAGCCACAGAAGAUAUCACUACAGUGAAUGGGUCAGAAGUUGAAUUUCUCACAACAAAUGUCUUGGGCAUUUUUUUGCUUGUGCUUCUGAGUCUACUUGCAACAACAGCUUUCUUCAAGUAUGCAAAGAAAGGAAAACCCUCAACUCCAAAUGCUGCUACUCCUGUGGACCAACCAGCAAUGACUAAGAAAUUGGAUUACAGUCCAAUUUCAGUUACUUCUGAACAUACUUUCAGAGAAAGGCUGUCCUCUAAGGAUUGGCAGACAGAAGUUGAUAUGGUUGUUGAAUCAUGUCCAUCAGAAAUGAGCAGCUUCAAGAGUUCAUCUUACAGCAAGAAAGGACACAAAGAGUCAAGUGAAGGUCAGAGCCAAGAAAGGAAGACUAGGAAGAGUGACAGGAGAGAGUCCCUUGCCUCAUCGGAUUUCUCUAUGGGUUCGCCUUCCUAUGGUAGCUUCACCACGUAUGAGAAAAUUCCCAAGAAGCAUGGAUUUGAUGAUGAGGUGGUUACUCCGGUUAGGCGUUCAAGCAGGUUGAGGAACCAAGUCAAUUCUCCGUGACAACCGGAAAGCUCCAUGUUUAUCAAUCUUUCCAUUGUGCAGCUGUGCAAAGUGUGAACCAUUAUUUACUUGCUGACUUUAGUUUAGUUUGAUUGAUUGUACUCUGAACUCCUUGUGUGGAACUAAUUAAUUGAUUCUAUUAUUAAUUCAG